AAAAGUAGGAACACGCAAGCAAAUGGUGGGGAUAUGGAGUCAAAUGUCUUUUGGUGAGGAUGAUAACUCAACUAGUUUCAUUUCAUUUUCAGUAUAAGCCCCCUCUACAGCUUCAAGGGCCGCUCUCUGGUCGACUGUCUCAAUCGGCUCCAAACCCUUUUCGUCAAAGUUGUAAACAUUUUACAGAGAUCCCCACCAAGUGCACGUUCUUCUGCUCUUCAUCACCUGCACUUAGAAAGCAGGGAUUAUCAGAUAAAGCGUUUGCCACUCGGGCAGCAUCACUACCAAAUAUGGUUAAGGCCAUUAGGGUUCAUGAACUUGGUGGACCUGAGGUGUUGAAAUGGGAAGAUGUAGAAAUAGGAGAGCCAAAUGAGGGUGAGAUUCGUGUGAGAAACAAGGCCAUUGGUCUUAAUUUCAUUGAUGUAUACUUCCGCAAAGGGGUUUACAAAGCUGCUGCAUUGCCUUUCACUCCAGGAAUGGAGGCUGUUGGCGUUGUGACAGCAGUAGGCCCAGGGCUAACAGACAGGAAGGUUGGCGAUCUUGUAGCCUAUGCUGGUACUCCAAUGGGUUCAUAUGCUGAAGAACAGAUCCUCCCAGCUAAUAAAGUUGUGCCUGUUCCUUCCUCUAUUGAUCCUGCCAUUGCAGCAUCUGUCAUGCUUAAGGGCAUGACGGCACAGUUUCUUGUGCGCCGUUGCUUCAAGGUUGAAGCAGGACAUACAGUUCUUGUUCAUGCAGCAGCUGGUGGAGUCGGAUCUCUGUUAUGCCAGUGGGCUAAUGCUCUUGGCGCCACUGUCAUUGGAACUGUCUCAACUAAAGAGAAGGCAGCUCAAGCUAAGGAAGAUGGGGCUCACCAUGUUAUCAUCUAUAAGGAAGAAGAUUUUGUUGCUCGUGUGAAUGAGAUAACAUCAGGCAAUGGGGUUGAUGUUGUCUAUGAUUCUGUAGGAAAGGAUACGUUUCAGGGAUCGUUGGCAUCCUUAAAACUUCGUGGGUACAUGGUGAGUUUUGGGGUGUCAUCAGGAACACCAGAUCCUGUACCCUUAUCAGCUCUUGCGGUGAAAUCGCUGUACUUAACAAGGCCUUCUGUGAUGCAAUACACAGCUACUAGAGAAGAAUUAUUGGAGACUGCAGGAGAGGUGUUUGCUAACGUUGCAUCAGGUGUGCUGCGGGUUCGAGUGAAUCAUGCAUACCCUUUGUCUGAGGCAGCACAAGCACAUGCAGAUCUUGAGGGUAGGAAAACAUCUGGAUCUGUUCUGCUGAUACCAUAGAAGCCUGCGACAGGAAGUUCUUAAAUUUCCAACUGUUGUUGUCAGAUUUAUAUAUAGAUUGGUUGUGCAUUUUACCUGAAAAACUUGUCUUAUGUUUGGGAUAAUGACUUAUUGCCUGCUCCAUGUUGGCUAAAUCUGCAAAGUUAUAAACCUUGUUAUUCAUUUAGUUGCUAUAUUAAGCAAUAAAAUAAAAAAUAAAAUAAAAUAAAAAAUCAAAAAGGAGGAAAAAAACGUACUUGGAUCCUUUGUUAGUCGAUCAA